UUUAUCAUGUGUACGGCAGUUUGGUAACGUAGCUAUUGGCGAUGUUUGCGAGUGUUGAAGUGAAAUGAUCAAGAACUGCGCAUAUUUGCAAUGCGUUGACAUUCGUUUAUGCUUUGUUGUUUGUGAUGCAGCCGUUUGAGAAGGCAGCUUGUGAACUACACGGAAUUCAAUGGAUGAUAAACGGGCAGAUUAAAUAUAGCAAAUCAUGGGUGUGAUCGAAGAAACACCAGAUGAAGACAAAUCGCCCGAGGUACAAGGUGUACUGUGGACAUGCAAUAGUCCCUUGUCAUCCAUAACCAUCGGCAAAUAUACCGUGACAUCCCUUAGUUUUGGAACGCACCACUGCCUUUUUCUUACCGAUAAUGGCGCAGUAUUCGCCUUCGGGAAAAAUAAUUUUGGGCAGCUUGGCACUGGAAACACUGUUGAGUAUUCAACAGUACCAUACCAUGUUACUGGAGUGAAAAAUACUGCAAAGGACAUAGCGUGCGGACCAAACCACAGUGCAGCGCUGACAAUUGAUGGCUUUGUCUAUAUGUGGGGACUCAACAACCAAGGACAAUGUGGGUUUCUUGAGGACAAUGUUCUUAGCCCAAAAAAAGUUGAGGUCGAAGAAGAACUUGGCAAGUGCAAAGUUUGUGGUUCCACAGUUACUGCUCAUGCACUUAUGAUCAGUAUUUCAUGUGGACCUGUUCAUACACUGGCAUUAACAAAUAACCAUAAAGUGUUUGCUUGGGGCACAGGCCCCCAGCUUGGACUCAAUGCAGCUACGAAGAGUUUACCAAAGAGAAUUGACUUCCUGAAGGAAAAAAAAGUUCUGUCAGUGGCAUGUGGUGCAACGCAUAGUUUGGCUGUGACAGAAAACAUCCCACCUGUCACUGACAACAAUACUAUCACAUGCAGUACUUGUGUGGUGAAAUCGUCCACCUGCCCUCUUGGUUUGCCUUGCAUGGUCUCAAAACCUAUCUCCGCAGAAGAUGAAACUGAAGCACUUCAAGUAGCAGAGAAAAUUGCAGAUGCUGGUGUACUAGCUAUCACAGGAAAUCAGGGUUUGAUAGAAGGGUGUUACUCAACAACUUUGCAAGAUUCGUCAAGUGCAUAUAAAGACCAUUUACUCUACACUGGCCUGCAAGUGCAAGACCUACCGUGUCAGAAUAAUGACGUCCACCAUGACGGCAAAGCUCAGACAUUGCUAAUUUCUGAACCGCCUGUAAAUGCCGAUAUCACAAAUAAUGCUAAGGAAACUGCUGCGUCCACUGAAAUUAAGCAGCAAGAAAUAGAUGCUAUCAAGGCCGAGGAAGCUGCUCCGGAUGAAUUUGAAGGGAUAGAACUGAGAAGAGGACAGGUUUCUAUGCAGCGUUUGAGGUCAGCAUCUGUGCCUUCAAAGCGGACUUCAUCCAUCCUCAACCCUGAACAUGCUAUGGAGUUCCUUGACAGACAGCUUGGUCACAAGCCACAAUCUAAAACACGAAAGUCUCUGGCAGAGGACUCAGUCAGUGAACCUAGCAAAGAAAUUUCUUCAAGUACUUCGUCAGUUGCUGUCAAAAACAUGUUUUCUCGUGUCACUUCACUUUUUGUCGACCACUUAAAUUUUGUCUCGUUUGCACCUCAGGUUAGCACAGCAGGAUCUCGUAGUGGCUCUGCUGAAUCAUUUGAGUUGGUUGAGUCUGACCAAAUUCCAGAUACUUGCCAUUCCAAAAAAACAGAAGGCCAUUUAGAGCGGUAUAAAAGCUCCCCACGAUCUUCUGAUGUCAGAGAACUGCAGCUGCCCAAGCAGAGCAUGAUCACUCAAGUUUGGAGCUGGGGCAAGGGAUCCUAUGGUCAACUUGGACAUGGUGAUGACCUUGACAGAAUGCAGCCCUGCCUGAUGAAGCACCUGAAUGACUCUGGCGUGUUGAAAGUGAGCGCUGGCCAUGGUCACUCACUGGCUCUCACCUGCAGCUUCAGCGUGUUCAGUUGGGGCUUGAAUGAUGUUUCACAGCUUGGUCACAAUCCUGCUGCCAAAUGCAUUUCCACUCCUAAGCUGGUUGCUAUGCCCAGAAAUGACCUGGUUUUUGACAUUGCAGCUGGUCAAAGCCACUCUUUAUUUUUGGCUGAUUGUGGUGGGUCUUAUCCUGUGAUGUACAGUUGUGGACAACAUCAGUGUGUGAGCUCACCGUAUGGAUGCCAGAAGUCCAAGAAAGUAUUUCCAGUGCUGGCAUUGAAAAAGGGUGGCCUUAUUACUGGCGUUUUUGCUGGUGGGCCUUCUUCUGGUUGCCUGAUUAACCUGAAAGAAACAGAUGAAGUUCAAGCACUUUAUGAGUUUGGAGCAUCAGAACGACGUUGCCUUAGCAACCUGUGUGUAGUACAAAACAAGGUUUUUCUCCAACUUGUGAAAGACGGCAGCAUAAUUGCUGACAUUCCAGAUUAUGCUUGCAAGCCACUGAAGAGUGUUAUUAGUACAACAGAAAUGCUUGUCUCACUCCUAUCUGCAAAUGCGUAUGACUUGACCUUGCUUUUACAAAGCUGCCACUUCUCUGGUGCCCUCUCAAUAUUGGAGAAGAAAGACACCUGGAUUGAUGCCUUUUGGUCUUACACCAAGGCAGUCACUGAUUUUUUGGCUGUUGGAGGCUUUGCAUCACUGUCCAGAAUGCUGGUUGAUAAAUUCAGAGAGCUGGAAUCUCCUUUGUUUUCUCCAAAUGCUCUCAGCCAUUUUGCAAAGGACAUUGUUGGUGACACAAGUCAGCUCAGCUCACAGACUAUUCUGCUGCAGCUAUUCUCUCUUCCAUUGAAAAGAAUUGGCGAGUACACGCGGCUUUUCAGUAGACUGCUUGCCAGUAUGGACCAACACACAAAGCUUUGGAGUAGCCUGCAGUCCUGCUUAAAUGAGUGGCUGGCCUUGUAUGAUAUUUCAACUAAAGAAAUGAAAUUGGCGGAGUCAACAAAAUCGUUUUGGGACUCUGUGAGCCAGAAGCUAGCAGACGUAUACAGGGUGCCAGAAUGCCGAAUGUUGCGUGACAGUAAAUCGUACCCAUUGCAGCUUGUCUCAGCUGGCCGCUUUGCAACACAUCAUUUUGUGUUGUUUCAUGACAAGUUUGUUCACUCACAUUUUGGCGGCUUUCAAAACUACAGCUUAGAACUGGCCUGGGUGGAAGCAGACACAAAAUCUGAGACUGUUUUCGCAAUCACUACACCUGAAGAAACACUUGCCUUCAGUUGCCCUGCACCUUCUGAAAAGACGGAAUGGGUCUGCUGCCUAAACCAAGCAAUUCGAAACUUGCUGAAUAGUGACAAACGAGAUAACCCUGUUCAGAGCUUGAAGAGUGGCCACUUGGACAAGAGACUCACUCCUCCUAUGAUCCGCCAUGCUAGCUAUGUCUUCACCAAGUUGCCUGCCUACAAGGAUGCCACUUACAAGGGUUCCUGGCUCAAGGGACAAUUGCAUGGGUCCGGAAAACUGACAUGGCCUGAUGGUCGCAAGUACACGGGCCGGUUCAAGAAUAACUUGCAGCAUGGUGAAGGUGAAUACAUUGUUCCUGGAAAUGGAGGGGACACAGUAUUUCGGGGCACCUGGAAGAAUGGAAAGCUUCAUGGGCUUGGGAGUGCCAGGUACCCCAACGGUAACCUCUAUGAGGGAUUCUUUAAAGAUGGUUUGAGAGAUGGUCAUGGCAUCCUCAAGGAAGGCAGGUUUCUGUCUUCUUCGAGCAUAUACAUUGGCCAGUGGCUGCAGAACAAGCGCCAUGGCUAUGGAGUACUUGACAAUGAAAAGGAAGGUGAGAAAUACAUGGGCAUGUGGCAGGAUGAUUGUCGCCAUGGCAACGGAAUCAUGGUUACCCUCGAUGACAUCUAUUAUGAGGGCAACUUUGUGAACAACAAUCUCAGCGGUUAUGGCACUAUGAUGUUUCAAGACAACACUGUCUUCAAAGGAGAACUUGGUGCUGGUGGGUCAUUAAAUGGCAGAGGUGUCCUGAGUUUGUCAAAUGGGGACACUAUCCAAGGCAGCUUUUGUGGUGUGUGGAGUGAAGGCAUCAAAAUAUCAGGCAUAUAUCAAAAGGCAGUUGCUGAUGAGCAAAGCACUUCUGAUGUUGAUUCGCUCAUCCAUCGGGACAACACUGGAUCUCCAUCAAUGAGUGUGCCAGCGUCCGACAAAUGGAGGGACAUCUUCGACCAUUGCCGAGACAUGCUUGGAAUUCAGGGGGUCUCCGACACUCAAGACAAUAAGCACGCAUGGGACGCCAUUGCUAUUGCCAUCAGCAACAGAAAAAGGCAGAGCCACAUGAAAAAGCAAGCAAAACCCUGCUGCGAAGAAAACUUAGACUACCUUGAGCGCAUUCCUCAGACCAGCAAAAAGUAUGGGUCAUUGACACUGGGGCGUUAUGUUGAAAUCAAGGACUACCUCACCAGUGCAUUUGACUGUGUCCAUCAUCCUUUGGGCUAUCUUUUAGAUGGUUUGGUGGGUGUGUUCAGACUGACAUACUGUGGCAUUGGUGUCCAUCCUCGACUUCUCGUACAUGCUGUGGAAGAAGUCAGGUCAUUCUGCCAGAGGCUGUAUGAGUUGGUCAGAAUUCUUUUCCCUGACCUGCCUCAAGCAGAUAAGCCCCUGGUUCUGACCUCGUUAGAGGACAUGGAAUGCCCAGACGAUUUCUUUGACGGUGCUGGAGAGUGCAUCACACCCAACACUCUCAUUCAGCCAGUCCUUCUGCCUCGACUGUACCCGUCACUUUCAACACUGUACGCUCUCAACAAUGAACAAGAAGAUAGGCACUACUGGGAACGCCUGCUGAAAUGGAACAAGCAGUCCGACUUGGCCUUGAUGACCUUUCUUGGAGUGGAUGAAAAGUUCAUGUGCUUGAAGUUUCGUGACAACAUUUUCACAGUGGAAAGGAAUCUUCAGCGUGUGUCAAGCAUCAAAGAUGAAUGCUUCACAAAUGCUAUUGAAGCCCUGCAGCAGAUUAGCACUGCAUUUACAGCAUUUGAUAAGCUUCAGGCAAUUCGACAGACAUUUGAAGAAAUCAACAAGGAAGUUCAAAAGGGCCUAGGUGACUUUCUUUGGAACAUGGAUGACUUGUUUCCAGUCUUCCAAUAUGUGGUAGUCCGAGCACGAAUUCGCAAUCUUGGUUCAGAAAUUCAUUUUGUGGAUGAUCUCAUGGAGCACCACUUCCAGAAUGGCGAGCUUGGCAUAAUGUUCACCACUGUCAAGGCAUGCUAUUUUCAGAUACGUACAGAGAAACUGAUUCAAACCUAGAAGCACAGUUUCCCGCCUUAUCUGCUGAGCGACAGUGCACCCCUUUCUUGCUACUGGUUUUAUGAAGAUAUAUUCAUUUUAUAUGUUAGACAGCAGCUAUAUUUACUUGCGUAAACUGUUUUCUUGCAGUUUUGUCCUUUUCCUGUGUAUAUAUGAAAGGUCAUAUUACUUGUUUCUAAUUUACCUCCAUGCUGCUGUUACAAACAUGUAUGUUGCACUGACGGCUAUACUAUAAAUAGGUACAGACAGUUUAUUUUCUUAUAUGCUUGGCCGUUGUAUCAAUGGCUAUAAUUUGGUAAUGUUUACCAGGCUUUGUUACAUAUCCUGGCCAGAAGUUCUCAUGAUACUGUAGUAGAAUAUUUUUAAGCUCAAUAGUGCAGGUUAUCGCAUUUGAGAUUAUCUAGUUGUCUAGAAGAACUGUUUAUGUUGCUGCAUUUAAUACAUCUCUGUACCUGGAAAUGAUCACACUGGUUUUUUUUAAGUAUUACUCACGAUAAUAUAAGGAAUGUUGAAGUGCUUUGUUAAAGUUAUUCUGAAUGCUUUCCACUAGGAGAGUAUACAAGCACUUUUUAAUGUUACUGAGGUUGUUACUUGUUUAGUGUAUGUGUGUUGAUUUAAGUUUAUAAGCUAGUCAUUGAUUUACUUAUUAUCUGGUGAUUUGGCAUUCACUGGCAAUGACAUUCAGGAGCAGGAAUUGUGGAAAAUAUGAUGUGGGUAAGAUUUCAGUAUCAGUUGUAAGCUGUAGCCUCAUAUGGUUUGAAAUUCUUUAUUAGUGCCUUAAAUGAGAUAUGUGAACAUAGCGUUGCAGUUAUGGAACAAAAAUAAUCAGUUGUGAAAAAUAUAAUGUGGACAAGUUUGCAGUUGUCGGGAACACCAUCAGUAAUUUGAAAUAUCUUAUUAGUGCCUUAAAUCUUGUAUUGGCGUCACUUAGUGUUGCAUUUAUAAAGCCUACUUGCUCGUGUUGGUGGUUUGGUUACAGAAAUUUAUUUAUCAAGUGUUAUUUUGCAAAUUCAAAAAAAAUAGUCUUCAAAAAUAGAGCACUCCUUGUAUGAAAAUUCAAAGCAUUAGAGUAACAUGUAUUUUUUCCUUUGAUUUUAGUAAUUGGCAUCAUGUCGUUGUAAUGCUGUGGACAGAUUAGUUUAUAUAACUUAAUCAUUUCAUAUAAUUCAUAAAUAUCCAUCGUAGAAAAAAAUGCAUUCUGAUUAUAAUGCUUCAGACUGGGAAAAUGGCGUAUAUGUACUGGCAGAGUUUUUGAAUGGUUCUCUAAGCAUUAAGAGGGUUAGACUAUUCAUGGCAACUGUUAUGUUGAACAUUGUAAGCUUUGGUGUUAUUAUUGAUCAUUCUUGUAGUGUGCAGCUGCUCUCACUGUCACUUUGUAUGUGUAAUUGCACUUUUCCACCUUUUUAUACCUAAUUAUUUUCCAGAGCAAGGAAAAUACUACCACUGUGUCUGAAGCUGACAGGUUCUAUACUGUUAUAUAUUUUUCUCAAUGCCUGCAGAUUCAAAACUUUUUGUCUGUUGUGAGCAAGUGAAAAAAAUGUUAGCUAAUGAAUUUAUAUAUUAGCACUCCCGGUUGUGCUGAAGGGUCAGCAACAUGUAUCUUGUACUGCAUUUGUUCACUGUAGCUCUCUAUAUUAAAGCUCUUUUCUUGUUACAUAGGUUUGCCAUUCACUAGCGUACUGCAAAAUCUUAUUUAGCUGUCAUUAAUGGAUGGAUAUUGACAUAGAGAAAAAGGAAAGAAAAGUCCCCUGGCCAUUGUAGGCUUCUUUAUCGUUUUCUUCAGUACAAGAGAUGUUGUGUGACAUGAUGUGUACAAUUAGAGUGUGCAUUUUAGAUGUGUAGCAUGCUAGAUUGAUACUUCUGUGGUUACUAAUAAGUACUUUUAUGGUUACCUAUGAAGUGACACCUCUGUGAAUGUUAAAACCUUUUUGCCUAUGUGCCUGAUAAAAGUUUGACUGAGUGUAUUAGCUCCA